CUGGUCAUAUGACCUGUUAGCUACGUACCGAAGUUUGGAGACGGCAGUGUAGCAGUACAUGAGCUAAGGAGAGCGUUUACUCUCACGUCUCUGUUGUUUUUUUGUUGUAUAUCGAUUGAUUUUGAAGCUCGUGUCUGUACAUUGAUGCCAACGCUGUCGGGAUAAAGAAGAAAGUUUCACGACGUGAAUCUAACAUGGAGCCAAGAGGCCGGCGGCUCGCUGCGGUGUCUUUGCUUUUUUCCGCCGUGUGGUCUUCCUGUGUUUGUACCAUCAGCCCCGACCAGAUUGACCCUCUGCUGUAUGAGGAGCAGCUGCUGUGGGUGAGCGGAGCCCAGGGGGAGGUGGACACCUACAGGAUCCCGCUGCUCACCUUCACACCCAAAGGAAGCCUGCUGGCUUUUGCAGAGGCCAGGAAGUCGUCGUCCAGUGACAUCGGGGCAAAGUUCAUCGCUCUGCGGCGGUCCACAGACAAAGGAGCCACCUGGUCCCCGACCAGCUUUAUCGUCGAUGACGGGACGCAGGCAGAUGGCCUGAACUUGGGCUCGGUGGUGGUGGACGAGGAAGCAGGAUCAGUGAUUCUGAUCUACUCCAUGUGCUUCCACCUCUACCUCUGCCAGCCGUCCAGCACCAUGAUGGUGGAGAGCAGGGAUGACGGCCUCAGCUGGAGCCCACCCAGAAACCUCUCAGUCCAGCUUGGGGUCAAAACCUUCGCUCCUGGGCCAGGCUUUGGAAUCCAGAAGCACUACGCCCCAGCCAAGGGGAGGUUGGUGGUGUGUGGUCACGGUACGUUGGAGGGAGAUGGAGUUUUCUGCAUCCUGAGCGAUGACCACGGCCGUAACUGGUACAACGGUGCUGCGUUGAAAAGCAUCCCCUACAACCAGAAGAAGAGACCACAGGACUUCAACCCUGAUGAGUGCCAACCGGUUGAGAUGCCAGAUGGUAGCAUCAUCAUCAACGUGCGGAACCAGAACAACUACCACUGCAGGUGUCGUGUGGUGGCACGCAGCAGUGAUGGUGGAUUGUCCCUGCCCAUAGAUGAUCUGUACUUUGACUACACGCUGGUGGAUCCUGUAGUGGCAGCUGGAGUUCUGCAGAAAGACGGAGUGCUCUACUUCACCAACCCCGCCAAUGAACAACACAGAAUUAACCUGACCCUGCGCUGGUCGGUGACCCAUGGCACAUCUUGGGACAAUAAAGCUGUCCAGAUAUGGGCAGGGCCAAGCGGCUACUCCUCCAUGACAUCACUAAACAGUGGUUCUCCAGAGGACCGGAAGUACAUCUUCGUCAUCUAUGAGAAGGGACAAAAGGACUAUUACGAGACCAUCUCCUUUGUCAAGAUUCACCUGUACGGUGGCCGGUAGGGUGCAUGACAGGGAACUGAGCCGGAGAACAGCUAAACAUGAGAAUCGCACGUUGGAGGGAAAAGGGAAACACAAAGGUGUUGAUUACUACCACAACAUUCUCAGGACGGCAAUAAGAGACUUUCUAAACUCACUUUAUGUUAUUAAAUAUGGGAAAAUAGGAGUGCUAGCAACAGUUUAUGUUCAGCCUGUGAUGAACUGAUUUAAAUACUUUUUUUCCCUGAUUUUAUCUUUCUCUUCACUGAAAUUCCCACAGCUGAUGAAGUCCCAAGUCUCAUGUCCAAGUAUCUGUGUUUGGGUAUUUAUCAGAUGUUGCUAAAAAAAAAAAAAAAAAAAAAAGCCACAGCCACAAUAUUUUCCUUGUUCCUAAACAACAUGAAGUAAAGCCAGCAGUUUGGAGACGAUAACUGCGUCGUUUCCAAGCAACUUAAAUCACACAUUCAUCUAAAUAUUAUCUGUUUUGAAGCGGACACCAAGUGUCAGUUUUACAGGAAGUGAUGAUGAUACAAUAUUUACGUUUCACAGUCUCAGACCAAUGACUUUCACCUAUGUUGACAGAGUCUUAUCAAAUGAAUAUGAUAUUAAUACGCUAUAGAUUUUAAGCACCUCUGACACCGAUAACUUAUUGCUAAUUCACCUCACAGAAUAGGAUAUUCACUGUAUACUUGGUGCUGGAGUGAAAUGAUUCCUAUUUGCUCAGAUAUUUGUCAGAAUUUCACACUGAAAUGGCCUACUGUCAAAUCUUUCCUGUACAUUUUUUUUUUUUUUUUUUUGCCUUUUGAGAUCUGAGUGUGCCGUGAACACAUGGGGACAGAAAAUGGUUUUGCCUUUGUAAAACCAGAAAUUAUGUAAAAUGUAAAUGUAAUGUUAAUAGCCUUUUCUUAUGAGACUGCACUUAAAUGCUAUUUCCAAUCGAAUGGUUUUAAGAAAAUGGUUGCAAGUGAGAGUGUGUGUGUGUGUGUGAGAGAGAGAGAGAGAGAGCGAGUGAGAGAUUGAAUCUGAGAGUGAAAAGGUAAUAUAUUAAAUGUUUCCUCUUUUGUACUUUUGCAGAAUGUACUGUGAGUACUAUUUUGUAAUAAGUCUUGAAUUCCACUCUGCUCAGAUUUGAAUAUUUUAUUUUGAAAUCAAGAGACCAUACAUACCCCAUAUUAUCAGUAUUGUACAUAGGGUUGCAUUGUUUUCCUGCAGGACAUUAUCUGAUAGAUAAUCUGUAGAAUAAAUAAAUGAUUUCUAAUAAU